CGGCCGAGGGGCGCCCGAGCCGCCACGGCGCUCGUCUGGAAAAGUUUCCCCGCCCGGGCUCCCUAGGAGCCGGCAGCCUUCAUCCUCCCUCCACAGCCCUUCCCAUCUCGGCCUCAUGCCCCCGCCAACCAGUCCCGGGCCACAGGCAGUGAGCAGACACGAGGGAGCCGAGGCCCUGUGACCAGGCCAAGGAGAAGGGGGCUCUGGGGUCCCGGCCACCUACCCUCCCAUGGAGCUGAGGCCCUGUUUGCUAUGGGUGGUCGCAGCAGCAGGAGUCUUGGUCCUGCUGGCAGCUGAUGCCCAUGCUCAGAAGGUUUUCACCAACACGUGGGCCGUGCACAUCUCGGGAGGCCAGGAUGUGGCCGACACCCUGGCACGCAAGCAUGGCUUCCUUAACCUGGGCCAGAUCUUCGGGGACUAUUACCACUUCUGGCAUCGAGGGGUGACAAAGCGGUCCCUGUCGCCUCACCGCCUGCGGCACAUCCGGCUGCGGAGGGAGCCUCAAGUCCAGUGGCUGGAGCAGCAGGUGGCAAAGCGAAGGACCAAAAGAGACGUGUACCUGGAGCCCACAGAUCCCAAGUUUUCCCAGCAGUGGUACCUGUCUGGCAUUACCCAGCGGGACCUGAAUGUGAAGGAGGCCUGGGCGCAGGGCUUUACAGGCCAUGGCAUCGUGGUGUCCAUCCUGGACGAUGGCAUUGAGAAGAACCACCCGGACUUGGCAGGCAAUUAUGAUCCUGGGGCCAGCUUCGAUGUCAAUGACCAGGACCCUGACCCCCAGCCUCGAUACACACAGAUGAAUGACAACCGGCAUGGCACACGGUGUGCUGGUGAAGUGGCUGCAGUGGCCAACAAUGGAGUCUGUGGUGUCGGCGUGGCCUACAAUGCCCGCAUUGGAGGGGUACGUAUGCUGGAUGGUGAGGUGACAGAUGCAGUGGAGGCACGCUCACUAGGCCUGAACCCCAACCACAUCCACAUCUACAGCGCCAGCUGGGGCCCUGAGGAUGAUGGCAAGACCGUGGAUGGGCCAGCCCGACUUGCUGAAGAGGCCUUCUUCCGGGGGGUCACCCAGGGCCGAGGGGGCUUGGGCUCCAUCUUUGUCUGGGCCUCGGGGAACGGGGGCCGGGAACAUGACAGCUGCAACUGUGAUGGCUACACCAACAGCAUCUACACGCUGUCCAUCAGCAGUGCCACACAGUUCGGCAACGUGCCCUGGUACAGCGAGGCCUGCUCGUCCACCCUGGCCACGACCUACAGCAGUGGCAACCAGAACGAGAAGCAAAUUGUGACCACUGACUUGCGGCAGAAGUGCACAGAGUCACACACGGGCACCUCAGCUUCAGCCCCGUUGGCAGCUGGCAUCAUCGCACUCACCCUGGAGGCAAAUAAGAACCUCACCUGGCGGGACAUGCAGCACCUUGUGGUACAGACCUCAAAGCCAGCCCACCUCAAUGCCAAUGACUGGGCUACCAACGGUGUGGGCCGGAAAGUGAGCCACUCCUAUGGCUAUGGGCUGUUGGAUGCUGGUGCCAUGGUGGCCCUGGCCCAGAACUGGACAACAGUGCCCCCCCAGCGGAAGUGCAUCAUCGAGAUCCUCACUGAACCCAAGGACAUCGGGAAGCGGCUAGAGGUGCGGAAGACUGUGACCGCGUGCCUUGGGGAGUCCAAUUACAUCACUCGGCUAGAGCAUGUCCAGGCGAGGCUCACCCUGUCCUACAAUCGCCGUGGAGACUUGGCCAUCCAUCUGGUCAGCCCCAUGGGCACCCGCUCCACCCUGCUGGCCGCCAGGCCACACGACUACUCUGCAGACGGGUUUAAUGACUGGGCCUUCAUGACCACCCACUCCUGGGAUGAGAACCCAGCUGGGGAGUGGGUCCUGGAGAUUGAAAAUACCAGUGAAGCCAAUAACUACGGGACACUGACCAAGUUCACCCUUGUGCUGCACGGCACAGCCCCUGAGGGUCUCACCGCACCUCCCGAGAGCAGUGGCUGCAAGACUCUCACGUCCAGCCAGGCCUGCGUGGUGUGUGAGGAAGGCUUCUCCCUGCACCAGAAGAGCUGUGUCCAGCACUGCCCACCAGGCUUCACACCCCAGGUCCUCAACACACACUAUAGCACGGAGAACGAUGUGGAGAUCAUCCGAGCCAGUGUCUGCACCCCCUGCCAUGACUCAUGUGCCACAUGUCAAGGGCUAGCCCCCACAGACUGCCUCAGCUGCCCCGGCCAUACCUUCCUGGACCCCGUGCAUCAGAUGUGCACCAAGCAGGGACAGAGCAGCCGGGAGUCACCACCUCAGCAGCCGCCGCCCCCACUACCGCCCCAGGAGGUGGAGACAGAGCCGAGGCGGGCAGGCCUGCUGCCCUCACACCUGCCCGAGGUGGUGGCUGGUCUCAGUUGCGCCUUCAUCGUGCUCAUCUUCUUCACCAUCUUCCUGGUCCUGCAGCUGCGCUCAGGCUUCAGCUUCCGGGGGGUGAAGGUGUACACAAUGGACCGGGGCCUCAUCUCCUACAAGGGGCUGCCUCCUGAGGCCUGGCAGGAGGAAUGCCCAUCUGACUCGGAGGAGGAUGAGGGCCGGGGCGAGAGGACUGCCUUUAUCAAAGACCAGAGCGCCCUUUGAUGAGCGCCACUGCCUGCCCCUCAAGCCGAUCCCCUUCUUGGGCACUUUUUAAUUCACCAAAGUAUUUUUUUAUCUUGAGACUGGGAUUUGGACCCCAGCUGGGAGGCAGGAGGGGUAGAGACUGCUUCCCAGGCUACCCUUGGGCACACCUGGCUGCCUGGUACGGGGCCCCAGGACUAGCUGGGGGCAGGUCAGGGCCCCACCCCACCAUCAGCACCUCUCCACAUGGAGAAAGGAAUGAAACCUGUGGGGUCAAUUUGCAAGGUUCAGGCCCACCGGAGUUCCCUGUGGAGUGAGAGAGGCAUCCCUGUCAGGGUUCCUGGCCCAGGCUGCACCUCUUGCCCUUUCCUGUCCCUCUAAAGCAAUAAUGGUCCCCAUCUAGGCAGCCAGGAGGUGAGCCUAGUGGGUAUUUGAAAGAGGAGGCCACCUCUCCAAGGGCUUUUGCAUCCCAACCCUGUCCCCCUCUGGUGAGCCUCAGGCAGAAGAGGUGGUCAUAGGAAGGGACCAAGUGUGUGCUGCCAGGCUGUGUGUGGGUCCAUGCCCACCGUGCAACUCGUGCCUGCACACAGCAGGCUGCCAGGCUGAGGUGGGACUGGCCUGGCCGAGGCUGGCACUCUAGCUGAGCCCUGUGCUGGGGUCCUGACCACCUCUCCUCUCCCAUCCUCCCUCCACAGGGCCCAAGUCCCUGUUUUCUGAGCCCGGGGCUCCCUGGGCUAUUAGCACUCAAAGGCCCGGAGCCCCUGGGUGGGUGGUGGGGAGGGACGGUGGCCCACCCGGCCUCUCCUGCCUCCCACCCGAUGCUGCUUUCCCCUGUGGGGAUCUCAGGGGCUGUUUGAGGAUAUAUUUUCACUCUGUGAUUUCACUUUAAAUGCUGAUUUUUUUUUUUUUGUACUUUUUAUUGGGGGUAGCAGCUGGACCACCCACCUUCCCAUACCUACUGCCUCCUUUGGCUGUUUCCCCCAGCUGCCCCAGCUUGAGGUGUGGGGGGGCUGCAGCAUGUUGCUGAGGAUUUAUCUGAGCCCCAAGUCCUGAAGAGGCAGGCAGGCCGGCCGAUGGGCGCUAGAAUGGGGUUGUGGGGGGAGGCAGGCUGUCAUCCAUAUUUCAAAUGGGGCUCAUCGUGCCAAGGGCUCGUGGGUCACUGGUUCUCCAAGCCCAGGGGUGGAUGGGUGGUGGCACUGAGCCCCCUAACACUGUGCCCUGAUGGAAAAAUCAUUGACCUGGUGUGCCCUCCAAGCCCCCCCUCUUCUGACGUGCCUUUUGCACCCCUCCCAUUAGGACAAUCAGUCCCCUCCCGCCUGGGAGCCCUCUUUUCUUUUCCCCUCAUCCCUCCCAGCACCCAGCCACCUGCCCGGGGUGCCCCCUUUCCCACCCCCAUCCUGUGGCCAGCCCGGCUGGUUUUGUAAGAUACUGGGUUGGUACACAGUGAUUUUUUUUUUCUUGUAAUUUAAACAGGCCCAGCAUUGUUGGUUCUAUUUAAUGGACACGAAAUAAUGUUAGAGGUUUUAAAGUGAUUAAAUGUGCAGACUAUGCAAACCA